CACAAAGCUUCUUGGAUAAUAAUACGUAAUACAUAUAACCAGUAAAAUGAAUAAAUACCCACCAUUUGAUUAACGGUCUGAGAAAAAGUUUAUAUAUAUCAGCAAAGGUAAUAAAGCUAAAUACUAUUAAACAUGCAGAAGGUAUGAAACUAAGUUGUUAAGCCCGCAAAAGUUGCAUGUCCUAUCUAAAAUAGUCUAAUUUGGUAAAUCCACAACCAGUUGCAUAUAUUCUUGUUACUAAGGCCUCCAAGUAAAAAUGUAGGUGAUAAGUCAUAAAGACUAAUACCAAUCCAUCAAAGUCCAAACUCAUGGCCAGUUACUACCUAAGUUUUCCAGUUGUCAUGGCACUUUUCUUGUUAGUUUCCAGUGCAAACGUUCCUCCAACUCCAAGGAACCAAACCGAAGACCUUCUUGUUGCCACAGAAGAGAUGCAAAGAGCCAAUUACUUCAGCUUUGUAAUGCUCAUCAAAAUGGCACAAUUGGAUGGAAGGUUUCAAAAGAAUGUAACUUUCUUGAUGCCCAACGACCGGAUGCUGUCAAAGAUCACAAUGACACAAGAUUCUGUCACCGACUUCUUGCUCCACCAUUCAAUACCAUCGCCUCUGCUUUUCGACCAUCUCGAGUAUAUCCCCACAGGUUCCAUGAUUCCUAGUUCAGCUGCGGAGUACAUGCUUAGAAUUUCCAACCAUGGCAGGAGGAGUUUUCUUCUCAACAGUGUGAAAUUAAUCAGCCCAAACAUUUGCACUGCAGGGUCUUCCAUUCGAUGCCAUGGUGUUGAUGGUGUACUUUCAGCACCAAAUACACCUUCUCCUUCUCCUCCUCCUCCUUGUCCUAGAAGCUCAAAUCCUGCCAUGGCAGCUAUACCUCCAACCCCAUCUUCUGACCCUCCAACCCCACCACCCUCACCGUCCUCUGACCCUCCUACUCCACCACCCUCACCUUCCUCUGACCCUCCAACCCCACCACCCUCUCCGUCCUCUGACCCUCCAACCCCACCACCAUCACCUUCUAGAUCAUUUGGUAUCCUUGAUUCGCCUCCAGUACCGCUAGUCCAGCCCCCGAGUCCACAAAUAUCAGGGUCUUCUUCUCUAUCAUUGCCUUUUGUUGGAUUUCUGAUAACCUGUAUUUUGUUGUCGAUGUGGAGUGCCCUGUUACUUGGACCGUAAUAAAGCUUAUAUAAUAUUCCCUUACCGGUUGAUCAAAAAAUAAUAAUAAUAAUAAUAAUCCUUCCAAAACUCGGGCGACCUAGAAAGUUGUUCCUGCCGGGGGCCAACUACCAAUACAUACACAUUAGCUUAAAGACAUAUAUAUAUAUAUAUAUAUAUAUAUAUUAUAAUAUACACAUACGUAUUUUUCAUAUACAUGCUUUUCCAUUUCACGUGCAUGGGCAGUAGAGUACUUUCUGAUUUUAUUUUUAUUUUAUUUUAUUUUGUAACGGAUUGGCAGAAUCCUUAGUUCACAGUUCAUUGGGAGGUUGAAUAGAAAAACUAGAAGUAUGGCGUUCAAUGAAUAAAAUGAAAAGAAACAACAGCCAAAAAAGAAAUAAAAGUUAAAUGAUGUGAUGGCAUACUAAUGUUAUCGCUUACACCUCGGCUUUGUCC